AGUCAUCAAUUUGACAGUUCAAACUGAAGAAAAAUUUUACGGGAGAUACAAACAAAUGUAAUUUUGUCGUCCUUCUGUGCAAAAGUCCGUGUAGUGAAAGUGAAAAAAUCAUGCAAAAAUCUAAUAUCGUAUAUAUAUAAUAAAAUUUUCUUUAUUUUUUUUAAGUUUUUAUUUAAUCAAACCCCUACUCAAGGGCUAAUAGUGCUAAAAUUUAUAACCGUAAAAAAUGUUAAUGUGCAAACUUAAAUAUAAAAAAAGUAAUAAAUAAAAAUUAUAUAAAAUUCAUUACUCAAAAAAGAAAAAAAAAAAGAAUAAAACAAAAGAAACGAAAGAAUUAAAAAAGAAGCAGAAUAGAAUAAAGCACGGACAACUAUUAGCAAACACUUUGGUCAUUAGGAGGAUAUCUAAGCUCGUUGUCAUUUGUUGAAAAAAACCCGUGGUGUUGUCCAGCCUAAAGUUUGUGCAAUUCUGCAUGUCUGAAUAUUUUAAACAUGGUGAAAUUGACCACCGACACCAUACGCUUCUAUAUUAGAAUCUUUCUGAUUACAAAUCAUGACAGAAGGACAUGAAAGCGAUUUUCUAGUAACAGUAAGAGCACAGGUUAUGACCAGAGACGAAAGCACUGAAGGUUGGCUACCACUGGCGGGGGGUGGUCUAGCUAAUGUUUCCAUACGCAAACGAGCUAGACUAUCCCCUGGUGCUACCGGACAUGAAUACAUCAUAUAUGGUCAAAGAAUAUCUGAUCAAAGUGUUAUUUUGAGCUGUGUCAUAAACCGUGAUCUAAAAUAUUAUAAAGUUAUGCCUACAUUUCAUCAUUGGCGUGCUGGUAAACAAAGAAAUGGCCUCACUUUUCAAACUGCUGCUGAUGCUCGUGCCUUUGAUAAAGGCAUUUUGCGAGCAUACAAUGAAUUAAUUGAUGGCAUGGCCAAAGCAAAUCCUUCCAUUAUAUGUCCACCAUUGACCAAAUAUGAUUCUGUUGGCGAAGAUGAUGUUUUUAUGACUUUAGACUUGCCCUGUGAAUCAAUUGAUAAUAAACAAAAAGGUCAUUCCAGUCCAGAGGGCAGUGAAAAUAGUCAUGUCAGUUUAAAGGAUCGUGGUGAAAGAUUUAAUGACGACAAAAAAGAUAAGGAAAUUGCAAAAAUUCAUUACAUAUCGGGUGAAAACUCUUGCAUGCAAACGCCACCGCCAGGCAAUGUGAAUACAACCAACACCAUCAGCAACAACACCACAACAUCAACCGAAGCUACACCAGCCGCAAUUGCUCCUAGUGAAAAUUAUUCCUAUGUUACUUUAACAGCUGUUCAUGACUACAAUUAUCCAGUGGUAGAUCAACCUGUAGCCGCUCAAGUCCUAAGUGCACGUUGUGAUUCUAUAACUACUUUGAAAAAACUCAAUGCUAUAGAGGCCGCCUCUCACUGUCUCGUCUCACAAUCUUCACCCAUUUCGGGAGGCAUCAUCAAAGAUCCAGAUAUUGAUAUCUUAAAGCAAAAACUACAAAAACCCACACAGUCCAAUCAACAACUAACACGCUGUCGCUAUUGCCAUGAACUGUAUGCCGACGAUUGCAAUCAUAAGGGGGCUUGUGAAUUUGCACCCGAUUGCUUUCGUUCGGGUUUGGAGUGUAUAUCGGGUAUAGGUUGUGCACGCUGUAUGGUGUAUCAUUUCAUGAGUGAUUCGGAUGGCGAAACACCGCAACAUCCAUGUGAGUGUGUUAAUGAGGAUGGUUGCACCAAGAGAUGGAUUGGCUUAACUUUAUUGUCCUUAUUGGUGCCCUGUUUGUGGUGUUAUCCCCCCUUGAGAGUGUGCCAUUUGAUUGGUAUUUCUUGCGGUUUGUGUGGCGGGAAGCAUAAACCGCAAGUUUGACAUUGGGAGGCUGGAUUACAGAACAGUAAAAAACAGAAAAACAAAAAACUGCAUCAACGGCAGCUUAACUAUGAUGAAUACUAUGAUAAUUUUUCUUCUUACAACAACUACAACAAAUGGCAGCAGCAGAAACAACAACAACAACAACCACAACAAACUUAUAAAAAUCAAUAUGACUGGGAUCUUAAAUACUAUAAAGCUAGCUCCCAACAAAAUCCAUUGGCAAACAGCUAUUCUUGCAACACAGACUAUUGGGCAGAUGAAGAUGAUCCCUUCAACACGUUAUCCAGCAAAAAAACUAAAAAUUUUGGUAAUAUUUAUUAUUGAAACAAAUUCUAAAACUACAAA